AUGUUCCCGUCAGCGUUGCGUGUCUUGUCCGAUCCUCCUUCCGGCCUUAAAGUCCUCGCGUUCACUCUCACCCUAAGGCCAUUGAAUUCUGGAUUGUUUUUUGCUCGGCUGAUUAAGUCGUUUAAAGAGCCGAGGCUUAAGUUCGGCCCAACAAAAAGAGAUUUCCAGGGUUGGGAGAGUUCUCCCAACAUCUGGUCUGGCCCGUCUGGUAAUCAGAGCAGACCUGGCCGUCUUAUCCCCUCUAAAUGGAGAUGGCCGGCUCCCAUUAGACUAAUGGCCUUACGAUUUGGUCGAAGCCCUUUUAUCGCCAUAAUUUACAUAUGCCCCAGGGAAGAUCAUAACUUUUCGCACAGUUACCCCCAGAUAGAUUUUCGGCAUAAUUCCAUUCUCUUCGUUUAUUUAAUCUAUUAUUCCGAGCCUUUCUCGAGACCUUUAACCUUCACAUAUGAAGUUUAAGGCAACCUUGUCCAAGACCGUGUUCCCACGAGGUCGAUAUUAUUUCAUUUUAUUUUUUAUAUUAUUUUUGUUCAGAAUUUGUAACUGGAUACUUUCAUUAUCAACUUUUCCUUAAACCGUGCGCACAAAUAGAAAAACUGACGGUUUUGUUGCAGGAGAACGUGGCUUUUAACCAGUCCGCCCAUUCCACAGUGCAGAAUUGCACGGCGCCGGCAUUGGCGCCUUCUCCGACAACAUCGCACCGGGCUGGCUGACCUCCGGAGGUCCUGGUCCGCUCACUCAGGCUGAGGAAGUUGGGAUUGGAGCCUGCAGCAGGUACACUGGUCUAGUCGUCACUCCAAGCUCGUCGGCCAAGCAGCUUGGCCACGGGCGCCAUUGGCGGAAAACGAGAUGCGUGCGAUCCCGGCACUGUACUGGCGUCGAAAGCGACGAAAACCAGAAAUUUGCACACACCAACCACGACAGGAACGGCGACAAUCUGAUCCCAGACAUCUCAGAACGUCGGGACAUUCACCUUCCGACCACCUCCACCGUUCCAUCCAUCCUCCGUGUGCUCGUCCAGUCCCGGUGUCCACACAACGGCCUUCUUUUAGACGACGGCGCACUGUGCAGGGAAUGUGCCGAGACUUAUUGUAUGCUGAGAGCGGAGGGAGUACAUGAUCAGCAGCCUGACAGUCGUGUCCCACCUUUUCUCUUUCAACGGGUCAAGAUGAGUUUUAACUGUCGAAACGCCCUUUUGCCUUUCCUUUACCUGUUUUUGAUCAACCUUCUUACCUUUGCUCAAUUCCUUUGGAUAAAGAUUUAUCGAAAAUGCGUAAGUUCUUUUCUUUCUUAUGACUCUCGGCCUCCUCGGAAGGUCUGAGAAUGCCACCCAAAUAGUCGAAAGUCAUCACUUUUAAUGGGCGUUUAUAAUCUGAGAGUAACUUUUCUUAUCUUUCCAGCUUCUCCACCGGCAUGGCCGUUUGGCCACGACCAGGAAUCUGAUCUUCACUCUCCAUUUGCUCUCCCUUCUGUCCUUUGGAUGUGCUCCUUGUUCAGUUGUUAUGGCCAUCACUUCUUAUACGGGUGCCCGCAGUGAUCUGGAUCCCGGAAAAGAAGGGGGAUUGACCCCGUUCCCAGAAAAUCCCUUGCUCCGGGCACCACGGAAUCAUAAGUUUGUUGAGGUAUGUUGUUAUUGAUCAUUCCUGCUAGUCACAUUAUUCCAGAGGGAUAACAUGUGCCAUAUCUGGACACGUCACUCUCCACACGAUCUCUGCGAACGGGGAUUGUGGUCUCGGCUCAAAUAUCUCCGUGACAUUUCGUUGUUUUCUAAAGACUGUGAUAUUGAAGAUGAUAACAUCCAGCUCGGACAGUUCUUUCGUCUGGAAUGGGAGUAUCUGAAAUCAGCCAAGGAUCUAGUGACUCACUCGGAGCAUUUGAAGGACGGGAUCCAAGGACGGAGUUGUCUUCUUGGGGCUAUUAAUUCCGACGAAUGUCUAAAAUGUUUUGAGAGAAUCGAAAGCGGACUGCAGAUGGUCGAUCAGGCUUAUCAGGCGUUCAGUCAGAUUCUGAAGCGCUUCGAUUGUUUGCUGGCUGUGGAUUCAGAAUCCGCGACAAGGCCGUUCUCUCCAAACGGGACUUGCAGUGAUUGCAAAGUAAGCCAUGUACCUGGUUCUCAUUAUUAGUUUUUUUGUACCAAUAUUUUUGAUGACUUAUUCGUUAGUAAUUUGACCCGAAGACUUUGUAAUAACCGAUACAACUCAACUAAAUUUUAUAAUUAGUUUUUCCUCUAUUGUGACUUCAUCUUUUUUGUACAACUUUCCGAAAAAAGUAGAAAUAAAGGUUCUGGCAAUGAUAUUUGUUUAAUGCGUACUCUUAUCACAUUAAAAACAGAGGAAACGCAAAAUUUGAUAUUCUGAAAUUAAUAUUACUAGACUACUCUAGUUUAAUUUAAUUCUUCCUUUGAAGUAAAUUAAUAUCCAAAUUUUCCAUUUCAGAGAUGGUAUCGAAAAUGGGCGCUGGUCCAGCUGAUACAGAUCUGGAAGGACCCUCCUUGCAUCAACUGGUGUUAUUAUGCGCAGCUUGCUUGUCCACAUCUGGCCACUAACAGAGUUGUCGACUUUGGAGGACAUCCCGCUUUUUUGUGUCGCGGUAAGUCAAUAAAACGAUUAUUUACAAACAAUAGUAAUCAAGGGAUUCCACAUUUAUUUUGUUUUAGAUCUGGAUAUUCCUCAAGGACAAACCGGCCAAGAAGAGUUGAUGACAAGAGACGGGGUCUCUUCUUGUUCUUGCGUCCAUCCUUGUGAUUUGGAGACCUCCAUUUCCAUUCUUCCAUCAAAACAUUCGUCCUCUUCCAUGAGUCUCAAAUCAUUCGAUUUCUUUGCGGAUCCAGAACAUUGUAGACAACGAUUGGAGCGAUGUGAUCGCGAGAGCAAGAAGUCGGCCAUGUUCUCAACCUCCGAUCGAGACGAUCCGGCCGUGACGGGUACCAAAAAACGGAAGAAGAGACGGCGUCGGCAUAACGAUGAAGAUCUUGUCCAAUCCAAGAAGGCCUGGACUGUCAGACAAGAAGCUCUGGCUGCGGUUUGGUUCGGAUCAGCUAUCCUGUUACUUUAG